ACGAAUCAAAGGAUGGAAAGAGUAUCACUGCACAAUCUCUAUUCCUGUGUGAAAUGAGCAAGGGUUCUUUCUUAUCCCUCUUUUGUGCUUUUUAUAGUUGUAGAAAUAUUCAGUUAGAAUCUUUGAAGUUAUUUCCUGUCACAAAAAUAAACCCAUUUCCUGAGAGAAAUACAAACCCACACUUCACGUCUGUGCAUGUGUGCACAUGCGUGCGCCUCAUAAAGCUGGCUGAAAACUGCGAGCAGGAGAUCAGAAAGGUUAGAGGUUAGAGAGCUGCUGUCGUUUUGGGGUAGAAAAGUGAAAAAAAAAACUGUCUAAAGCUGCAGACAUUUGAAGCGGUGAGAAGCAAGAAUUGAAUAAGAAGGCUGGAAAACUGCUGCACCUGUUUCUCUCAGUGUAGAAGACAAAAAGGCUCGCCUGGAGUUAAAAGACAAGAAAAAAAAAAGAGAAAAAGUAGUUGAAGGUGAGAGGCAGAGAGAAGCACUUUGAGAGCAGUUGGGGGUGGAAAAGGGGAGAAAAAAAGAAGCACAUCUGGAGUAAAGCGGUGAUGGAAAGCCUGCCUAUCUACCACGGACCCAUCGGUAAGGAGGAGGGCGAGCGGCGGCUGGCCCAAGACGGCAGAGACGGCUCCUACUUGGUCCGAGACAGCGACUCUGUGCCGGGCGUCUUCUGCCUCUGUGUGCUGUGCAAAGGAUUCGUCUACACAUACAGACUCCACAAGGACGAAGCUGGCUCAUGGGCUGCAGAAACCACUCCUGGCGUGCAGAAGCGGUAUUUCCGGCACAUCAAGAACUUGAUAGCAGCUUUCCGGAAGGAAGGACAGGGACUCGCCAUGCCUCUGCUCUUCCCUGUCACGGCUCAGAGCCGGGCUCAGGCCCACACGCAGCGACAGACGCCCAGCGACAGCCCGGCCUCUUAUCUCCAGCAGCGUGCCACACCUGUCGCUCAGGGACAGAAAAACAGGGAGGUGCGGCAAGCUUUUGGUUAGGCUGCAAAACCCCCGAACAAGCCCGACUAAUUAUGAACCAAACUUCUGCAUUUGUUUCUUUAAAGUUAAUGCCACUUGCCCCACAUUCASCCCGUGUUUCUGUGAUGGGAUGCCCGCUGCUCCUGCAGCGUUUUCUGCACAUGCAGCACAGAAGGCGCUGCAUAAACUUUCAGAGAUGUGAUGUGAAAUAUUGAACUGCUGAAACAUUUAUAUCCAUUACUGCAUACGUAAGUUGACAACAAAUAUUGUGCCUCUGUUUUCUUAAUGCAAUAGUGUUGAGUGAGUGGUAACGAAAAUAAAUGGCUUUUGUCUAAAAUAAACUCUUUUAAAUAAGGUCAUGCUUACACAGCCGUGCACAGAGCAAAGCCUCCGACUGACAUAACGUGGAGGGGAAAAAAUUCAAUUUGACAUAUUGAAGCAGUGAUUUCCAUGGAGAGAAUGCUGACUGCCUGGAGGGAGAGGGAUGGGUGGGAGGCUUCGUCAUUUCCUCUGAUUGACAAUACUGGCGCCUCAUGAAAAAUAUGAGCGAGAGAGAGAGAGAGAAAGAAGGUGAGGAGAAAAAAAAAACGGCAAGAGCAUCCAUUCAGCCCAGACAAUUCUUCGGUGCAGCCGUCUCCUAGCAACCGCAGCCUCCAUCUUUUCCCGCGGCAGGGAUGAGCUCGGGCUGGCGGAGCAUAUGGCGUUCAGAAAAUAAAUAAGGACAGAGAAGAGAGGAGCCGAUCGUCGAGUCAGGAACGUAUAUCACCUGCUCGCAGUGGGAACAUAUGCAUUGUGUGUCUCCGUCGUCCACACAGCCCCGCGAGCAAGAAACACGACAAUUAAUGUUGGGCAGAUGGUGGAGAGACGGUGGGAGGGGGGCAGACGGACGGGGAGGUGGAUUAGCUUUAAAAAAAAAAAGAAGGCAAAAACUUCUCUACUUUUCUUUUUUAAACUUUUAGCUUUGGUGAGGAGAGAGGCUUUGGAAGUGCAGCCUGAUUGGCAUUUCCUAAUGAGAGGAGACAAGCUGUAGAGAAAAAGGCGCAGCCAACUCCAGGUCCUGCCCCUUCUGCACUCACCACCCACUCGCUGAGCCUCAGCUGUCACAUUUUUCUCCCUUCCUCUGUGCUCCCCCCCAUCUCCUCCUCUUCUUCCUUCUUCUUCUGACAGACGCAGGUUUUUUUUUUUCAUGCAGAUCUCGGUUUGAGCCGUAAUGAUGGGUGAUAAUGGCAGCACAGAUUUGAAACGUAUAAAGUCCCAGAGACGGGAACAAAGAGGGCCACGACAACAGAAUGUGCCACGGGAAAAAAACAAGACAGAUACAAGCGAAGGGGGGGGAAUAAUAAGCAACAGCACCUAUAAAAUCCCAGGGAGUCAUGUGGUAAUUCACACAUAAUAACUUUAAUCAGCUUUGUAACCCAAUAAAGUGAGCUUUUUUUUUAGCGAGAAUAAUUACUAUAGCCAUGUAUAAUUCUUUGCAAAAAUGUAACAGUUUUUUUUUCUCUAUUGAUUAACAAUACCGACACUUAUGAACAACAGAACUUCCAGUUGAGCGCUUUUUUUUUCUUCUUCUCCUCCUCAGUGUGAAAGCACUGGCUAUGUACAUUCUUGAUUUUAGUACACACACUCAUACAAGCUACAGUUGGAGCACACACCAGAGGCGGAAA